AAAGAAGAAUGAAAGAUAAAUUGGUGGUUGAUUUAAAAGCCCCCCUCUUGAGACCUCCCCAAAUUAAUAAUCCCCACAACCCAAAUCUCUCUCCCUCUCUCUCAUUAUACAGUACAGAGUACUAGUGUCCCUUAAAAAAAUUCAAACUUUGCAAAUCUCUCCAUCAACCCACAAAUUCGAUUGAUUUAUCAGACCAUUUAAACAAUUUCGAUAUUGAUUUGAUGUGUUAAAAGGAAACUGUACCAAUUCCAAGUAGGUUUGUUUUGUCAAGGACAGACUUAAUUAGGAAGCAAUCUCCUUCUUUCCUUCUUUCCUUCUCUUUGGUGUGUAUAUGUAAAGAGAGAGAGAGAUCAUUUCUUCUUAUCUUUCUGUUUUAUAACUAACCAAAUCUCUUUCUCAAAUCAUGGAAUUUUAUGCAUACCCAUCUCGUUCUUUGCCUCCUUCAUCAACAAUUUCAUCUUUUUCUAUAUCUAAUCUGGUGUUUAAGGUCAAAGAAUAUUUCAGCUCUGCAGUUUCUGUUAUCUUGGGGAAUGUUUUCUCUGCUAUCUUUACCUUUUUCUUUGCAUUAGUGGGUACUUUGUUAGGGGCCAUGACUGGAGCUUUAAUAGGCCAAGAAACGGAGAGUGGCUUUGUUCGCGGGGCUGCGGUGGGAGCCAUUUCUGGUGCUGUUUUCUCCAUUGAAGUCUUCGAAUCAUCCCUCGUUCUUUGGCAGUCGGACGAAUCUGGCCUCGGCUGUCUUUUGUACUUGAUAGAUGUCCUUGCAAGCCUUUUAAGUGGUAGGCUUGUUCGUGAGAGGAUCGGUCCAGCUAUGCUAAGUGCAGUGCAGAGCCAGAUGGGAGCUGUUGAAACAAGCUUUGAUGAUGUGCACAACAUAUUCGACAUUGGUGGUGCCAAGGGUUUGGCAGGAGAUUCUGUUGAGAAAAUUCCCAAGAUCAGAAUUACAAGAGAUCACAAUGUAGAUGCUUCUGGCGAGAAAAUCUGUUGUUCAGUUUGCCUCCAGGAUUUUCAGCUCGGAGAGACUGUUAGAAGUUUACCUCAAUGUCAUCACAUCUUUCACCUACCUUGCAUUGAUAAAUGGCUGGUGAGACAUGGUUCAUGCCCAUUAUGCAGAAGAGAUCUAUAAUCGAGGCUUUAUUUGUAAAUAACAAUAUGAGAAGAGUCGUUUUGUUUGUAAUUUUAAGUGGUAGGUGACCUUCCUAUGUUGUCAUUUACCCUCAGCUAUACCAGUUUUUCAGAUAGUCAUUUUGUAGAUAGUUCAAGAAGUUACCAUGAGCUUGAUCAUUGUACAUGAUCGUGCACUGUAUAAAUUUUAACGUUUACUACUCUCUGUAACUGUUGCAUAUCGGACUCCCAUUGUUAAGUACCCUGCUUAUCAGUUGAAUGGCAUUGCAUCUCUUAAUUUUUCGGAUA